UUGUGUAGAAAAAAAAGGAAAAGAACAAGAAAAGUAUAUUUAUCAUAUAUUUUCGGGUGAAAAUCUUUCCUGCUCCCAAAAACGCCAUCAAUUUCUCCGUGCAGGGUCGGGAUUGUGCUUGCGAAACUGCGCCCCGUAAGCCUCAGAUGCGGAGUGCCGCGGUGCAGUGAAUGCAGUGAGGAGCGCCGCUGGUUUCGUGCCUUUUUCCUCCUCCAACGGGAACGGGGUUGUUCGCUUCGGGUGCUUUGUUUACCCGCCCGUGUUCCGACGUGAGCUCCUCGACUUUGGCCGUUGGUGCCGCCGGGACCAGCAACCCGGACGGAAAGUCAAUGCUACCGACGGGUACGCAUCCGGCCACCGCACCGUCCGACGGCAGAGCUAGCGAGGUCGGAAAGAACGGUAGCACCACCGCCACCAUGUCCGGCAGUUCGAUCGACAACCGCAUCACGAUGAUGGAACAGAUGAUCCAGAAUCCCCGUUCCACGCCUUCCCUGUCCCUGCCGAUCUCGUCGCAGCCGCCAGCGAAUCGCUUCAAUCGCACCGGAAGCGGGGGCAUGGGUGGACCCAACCGACCGUCGUUGGGAUUGAAUCUGCCCAUUGUCUCCGGGACGCGGCGGAGUGAAUCGGAACUCAAGUUCCAGAAGAUCGUAGACAAGAGCGGGCUGCUGAAGAUUAACGACAAGAUCUACCGUACGCAGCUCAGCGACCUGGAGGAUUUGGGCGAACUUGGGAACGGAACCAGCGGGCAUGUCGUGAAGAUGCGACACAAUCCGAGUGGAGCCAUCAUUGCCGUAAAGCAAAUGAGACGCACCGGAAACGACGAAGAAAACAAACGAAUCAUAAUGGAUCUGGACGUGGUGCUGAAGUCGGAAAACUGCAAGUACAUCGUCAAGUGUCUCGGUUGCUUCAUCACCGAUGCGGACGUGUGGAUCUGCAUGGAGCUGAUGACGACGUGCUUCGACAAGCUGCAGAAAAAGUCCAAAAAACCGGUACCGGAGGAAAUCCUCGGCAAGGUAACGGUGGCAACGGUGCGCGCGCUGGCCUACCUCAAGGACAACCACCGGGUCAUCCACCGGGACGUGAAGCCCUCGAACAUCCUGAUCGACGACCGGGGCAACAUAAAGCUGUGCGAUUUCGGCAUCAGCGGCCGGCUGGUGGACUCGAAUGCCCGUACCCGUUCGGCCGGGUGUGCUGCGUACAUGGCGCCGGAACGAAUCGAUCCAGCAAAAACGGUGUACGACAUCCGGGCCGACGUGUGGUCGCUCGGCAUCACGCUGGUCGAGCUGGCUACGGGCGUCUUUCCCUAUCGUGGCUGUGUGACCGACUUCGAGGUGCUGACGCAGGUGCUCACCUCUAACCCGCCCCGGCUGCCCGAGGAUCAGAACUUUAGUCCGGAGUUUCGCGACUUUGUGCAGCUGUGCCUGCAGAAGGACUAUCAGGCACGGCCCAAGUAUCCGGACCUGCUGCGGCACGCGUUCCUGCAGCGGGCCGAGCACGACACCACGAUCAACGUGGGCGAAUGGUUCCGCAAUGUGGCGGUUAACUGCGGCAUUCAGCUGACCAGCACGCCGCCACCACCGACCGCCGGAUCGUCCGCUUCCGUCAGCUCACCCCCAACCUGGACCGCGUCGUCGGAACAAACCAGAAUACCGACCCCGCUCGGAAGCUUGACGGAAGUAGUCCAGGCGCAGUCGAACCAGCAAAAGCAAACCAUCGCCAUCGCCGCCUCGUCGAUCCCGAUCAAGUCAACCGCGACCAUCCUAUCCCCCCACAUUGCCAACGAAGCACCUAGCAACCUGAGCGACCUGCAGCAGCGGUCGCAGCACGAGCUCAACCAGCAACAGCAGCUGCUCCAGAGCAAACUUAGCAACAUUAGCCUAGCGUCCUCGUCGUCCUCCACCUCGGCAGCAGCAGCAGCAGCGGCGGCGGCAGGAUCCACACCGGUACCAGCAUCCUCCUACACGCCUACCUCGUCUUCCUCCGCGGCGGGGGCGGGUGCGUUCGAUACACGCCGCUCGCCCUCCCCCCAGGCCUACUAUCUAGCGAAAAUGCAGCCAAAAAGUGCCAUUACUAGCACCAGCGUACCGAUCGCGUCGGGCGGUGGGCCGGCCUUCGAACGCAACGGUUCGCUCGAACCGGCCCGAAAGUACAAACACUCGCCGUUCCUGUCGCGCCGCACCGCCUCCGAGUAUGGGAACGGCAGCCCGAAGAAGGAAUCGACGCUGAGCAGUUUGGGGCAGAGCAUCUUCAAAAACCUGACCACAUCACCGUUCGCCCAGCGGAAAUCGCUUCCGCCCGGCGAGUCGAAGCUUGCCUAUCCGCCCCCGGCCUCCCCCUCGCCGAUGCCCGUAGCGUCCGCGACGAUCUAUGCGAAUGGUGGCGGCGGUGGAGGGGCCGGUGCCGGUGGUAUGGGCAGCAGUCCUUCCUCGCCGCUGCUGCUGCUCCGGAAGGCACACCACGACGGUUCGGAAACGGAAACGCAGUAUAAACAUCUGCACGGCAACACUAGUCCAAUUGUUCUUCAGCGAUUCUACCACCAACAGAAUCAACUGAAAGAGCAACAAAGAGAGGCGCUGCAGCAGCAUCAUCACCACCACCAACAGCAGCAGCAGCAGCAGCAGCAGCAACAGCAGCAAGUGAUUUACGGGUACUCCUCACCAUCGCCGAUACCCUCGGCAAGCGAAGCGUCACCCCGGCCAAUCCGCUACAGUCCGCUACCGUCCCAUCGGACCGUACAUCAUGGGGUGCAUCCGGUGCUGAGCAACACCGGCGGCACCACCACCCUUCACCAAAGCGCCAUCCCGCUCUACAAGCAUCACGAACCGGCGGCUCCGCUAGCACCAUCGCAACCUUCCGGGAUUCCGGUGUACCAGCAGCAAACCACCGCCAGUCCCAAGCACAAAUCCUCCUCCUCCUUCUUUAACACGUUCAGCCGUGGCAUGAAGAGCGGUGGUCGGGGCGAUAAGGUGAUCGAUCGGGGUGGCACCGCCGCACCACCGACCAUGAUGAGUGGUGCUACCGAUCGGUCGCUGUAUGCCGGCACUACCACCACCAACACCACUCACCAAACAGCACUGUACCAACAUCAUCAUCAGGGGCAGCCUAAUACGUCGUCGAUGCUGCAUCGGCACGGUGCACUCAGUGGAAUUAGCAACGGAGGAGGAGGAGGAGCAGGGCUUGCAAUGCCGGAAGGCAGCAAAGAAGAUGCAGGCUGGUUCAAUUCCUUUGCAGAUAUCAAGCGAAAGUUUGCCUCAUUCGUGAAGCUAAACCUCAGCAACAAUGUUACAGGAGCGAGCGGGACGGGCACGACCACCGCCGGCGACAGGCUAACCCUGAAGGAGAAACAUCUACAGCAGCAACAGCUGCUGCAGCAGCAGCAACAGUUUCUAUUGCAACAGCAGCAGCAGCAGCAGCAUUAUGCGUCGUCGAACCCUUUCGAUAGUAUGACGGCGGGUGGGAUGGGUGGGAUGUACGGUGCGGGACCGUACCCUUCCGGCGGGUCGUCCGCAGCGUCGAUAGUACAACCUCCUUCCGCCAUACCGCAGCUGGCACAUGUGCUCAACAGUCCGGCGACUGAUCGGCGCCACCGCAGUCCAGAUCCACCGCCCAGGUUAAAUCGUGGUCAAUCGCCACUGCUACUUCAGCGUAAACUGGAACAGCUCGGUCACACCGGCUCACCGCUGAUGAAUAGAAGGCCAUUCAACUCUACCUCCCCGUCACCUCCCCUGCCGCCGCGGCGCGCGUCGGAAAGUGCUCCCGGUUCGCCGCAACACUUGCGGGCCCGCAUCAACUACACCCCGGAACCGCACCGGCGUCCCUAUCACACGACGAUCGAGCAAUGAGUGGGACUGCAAAUCCUGGCCAUGUGAUCGAUGUACACCUUUCUGGAGUAGUGGGACAGGCUGGAGAACCCGAUGAUGGUGCUGCUUUAUUCGGACGGACAGAAGUUUGGCUGCUGAGCUUCCCCUCCGCCCUCCUAGCUGCUGCCAUUAUGCUGCUUUUCAAAGGUAAAAAGGCAAACCGAAAGGAGAAGAACUGCCAUUGAAAAAAAACGGCUCUCUGUCUCCCGUUUAUACUACACACCCAUGCUAAGAAACAAUUGUACCAAAACGCGCUCUAGUUAAGUAGUAAGGCGAAGGAUGCUCACAUACAUACAAACAAUUACGCUGCCUCUCAGGUAUAUAUAGGAUGGAAACAAAUUUGUGCGAAAAAAAAACAAACACACACACGAAAUGUCGAAAAUCGAAUAGAGAGAAGAGAAGCGGACGAAGAAACAACACGAAAGACAACAGCAUGAAAACAAAGCAAAAAAACGAACAAACAACUCGAACGAACCCAACCACUUCGCCACGUGGGAGAGAAUGGAGCUGACGAAGGUGGUGUUGGGAGGUAUGUAAACAGUUCGCCAAAAAAAAAAACAAAAAACGAAGCCACCACAGCGCCCAUUUACCCCAUUGGUAGUAGCAAAAACAAAGCAACCGUAGCUAGAACACGCGAACAUUUUGGUGGCGCAAAACCCGCUUUGCGCUAUUACGCUUGCAAAUGCGCCACAGCUGACAGGUGGCGAUCGCGCACCGUCACAAUGCAUGCGCUGCGUUUGUAGUUUAUAUAGGAUAAAAAAAAGCGUGUUUAUCGAAUUGGGAACGAAGUAAGAACAAUUCUUAUCGCUUUCCUUACGGCCGAUCGCCCAUCGCCGCACCAUUACCACCACUACCAACCACCCAUUAGUACCUGCGCGCGUGUAAUUACGCUUGAGCCCGGUGUGGUUAUUGUGAUGUUUAAAGUUUGGACACCACCCAAUAAUGGUGUAUCGUUCAGCUUGGAGCUUUCGAGUUUUUACCAACGAGACCUUUUUCGAUGGUCUGCUUUUUUGUUUGUUUUGUUUUUAACAUUUAUUUUCCUUUGCGGUCCUUUGCGCACGUGAGGAUUGUGGCAGGGCAAUUAUACUCCGUUUGCCUUCCCCUCUUGCUAGCUGUGUGUUUCCUUACUUUUUGCCCGUUUGCUUGUUGCGGUCCGCUUUUGCAGUGUUUCCAAAUUCUAUCAUUACCUCACUACAAAUCGUAUGAUAAUCAAAAGCAAACAACAAACAAAAAAUCGCAAUCCGCAGCUCUAAAACAAAUGAAACUGUAGUCAAUAGCUAUAUUUACGCAAUUGUGCGCUCUUGGGUCCGAAGUGUCCUUCAUCAUCAAUCACGUCGCUUGUACACAAUUACACAGAAACACACGCACACACUUGCGGCUAUGUUACAAUUGUGCAAUUAAAGCCUCCCCGGGGUGGGUGUUAAAUUUGUAAGAAAACUGUAGUAGAAAAAUAGCACAGCUUGUACACAUCGCCAACGCAGCGAAUCGGUCAUCGUCCACACAUGUGAUGAUCGUCCUCCUCCUACUAGGAUUGAUGAGCGAUUGUGUUGUAGUAGCGGUUGCUAAGGUUUCCUCUCCGUUCGCACAGGCUUUGUGCCACUGGCUGCUGCUCGCCAAGACACAGGCGAGCGAAAUCGGUAAAGACGACGCGCCAGCGCCUUUCUUGGCCUGCUGUGUGUUACCUUCUGCUGUUUCUUUGACAACGUUUUGUAAAAACGAACCAAGCCAAGUAAUGAAUGGAUAAUGGGGGAGCAAAACCCAAAAACCAAAAACACACACACACACAUAUAUAUAACACACAUAUAACAUUUUGUACAAUAGUACGGCAUUGCUUUGCUUUCUCACCUUGCAUACAAAUUACUUACUCACCCCCUAUACCUUUUUCCUAUACUUCUGUAAAACUGCUACAACAAACAUAUAUAAAGCAAGAGAGUAAGGGGGAAAAUCCCCCUCCCCCCAGGAAAUAAAGCCAAGACAAAACAAAGCAAGAAAUUGAACAUGUGUGGAAACGCAAAACGAUUAAACUAUGGACAGAAAGGAAAGGAAAGCUCGGGGUGACCCACGGGGUGACGACGAUGGCGGUGGCGAAUGUGUUAUCAAAACGACGACGAAACGAGAAGAAAAAAAAAACGGAGCGAGAAAAAUAGUCAUCUAUUAUUAUAAUUAUUAUUAUCUAAACGAAAUACUAUUAUUAUUAUUAUUAUUAAUAUUAUUAUUAUUAUUAUUAUGAAAUAUUGCAACAACAAGCAACAAGAUGGAGAAAAAAAAACGAAACAAAACGUGUGGAGAGACUACUACCAAACUCUCACUAGCACAGCAACGAAGGGGCCGCGCAGUGCAGAGUGUGGUAGGACGAUUAUUUAUAAAGGAAAAAAAAGAAAACCACACACACAAACACACGCACA